AUGAGCGGCGAGCGGAAAUCGCCGAAUAUUAUCAUAACAGGCACCCCUGGAGUUGGUAAAACUACUCACUGUGAAAGUCUGGCACAACGACUCGGUUUACGCCAUAUUUCAGUUAAUGAAGUUGUUAAAGACAAGGAAUGUCAUGAGGGGUGGGAUGAGGAGCUUACGUGUUGGAUAGUUGAUGAAGAUAAGCUUCUCGACGCAAUCGAAGACGACGUUGAGCAAGGUGGUUGUAUUCUGGACUGGCACGCCUGCGACGUCUUUCCUCAGCGGUGGAUAGAUUUGGUUGUAGUUUUGAGAGUGGAUUCAACAACAUUGUACGACAGAUUAAAAGCAAGAAAUUACCCCGAGGUGAAACUCCAGGAAAACUUGGAUAGUGAAAUUAUGGAGGUGCUCUUACAGGAGGCUCAUGACUCAUAUGACUCUGAGAUUGUAAUUGAGCUCACUAGUAAUACAUCUGAUGAGAUGGAGUCUAACAUAGACCGCAUCGAGGCUUGGGUGAAGCAAUGGAAACUAGAUAACCAGGAAGUCUAA